AUGGUGACGAAUGCACGAUCUAAAAAACGCAAGACGGAGACGAUCGACCUCACUAACGAUAGCGAUGUGGAGAAUGCUACUCCUAAGCGCAAACACCAAACGCAGACUUCAUCCGCUUAUGUGACUCCACCAGCGAGCAGCCAGGUCCUUCAGAGCUCGCAAGGAAGAUCACAAUCCAACUUAUACCGUCCGACACCAUCGCAGUCCCAAUCACAACCAUAUUCACAAGAUGAGCGGCAUGCGUGGUCAGCCACUCAGCAGCGAGCCAUUGAAGCCGAUAUUGGUCGCGAGAUCGUUCUUACGAAAGACGAUGACGAUGAAGACGUUUAUGAGAACCGGCAGGUCUAUGGCAUUCUCAAUACAAGCAUCGUUGGCAUUCGGUACUACGCAGGCGAAGCAACAGUUGGUGAAUAUGUAAUGGUUCGACGUGAGCCUGAAAAUCCUUUUGAUGGUAAUGCGAUUCGAAUAGAUAACGUGAGACGCCAGCAGAUCGGUCAUCUUGGCAGGGACAUAGCUGCUAAACUUGCACCUUUCAUGGAUUCUGGCGAUCUUAUUGUCGAGGGAGCUCUUACUGGUCUUAAAGGAGAAUACAAAUGUCCUGUGGCCCUUAAGUUGUUUGGAACGACCGAGCAACCGGCAAUGUGGGAUCUGCGGAAAAGAAUGAUGGGAGUCAAGUUGCCUGUAAAGGAGCUGGACAAGGCAGAGGCUGCUCGUCAAAAACGACAGCGAGAGCUCGACAAGCAGCAGAAGGCUAGGGACAAGGAGGCCGCAAGACUGGCAAAGACUGGCAAUAUUGUUAUUGACAACGUCGGGCCUAGCAAAUACAGCAAUCUUGGCACAGAUGGGGACGGUACAAGCUCGACGCCGGACAUCUGUGAAAUGCUCGGCGAUACUGCUACUUUCAACCCACGAGAUGUGCAACAUGCGGUGGGCAGAUUUGCCCAAAGCGAAGAUGAUCUCGCCAAGAUGGCUAUGGCUGAACAGCCUGAACAACUCUCAACACAAUUACUACCAUAUCAACGACAAGGAGUACAGUGGAUGCUUGAACAUGAAUCACCACAGCUGUCCAAGAAGGAGGGAGAGAGCAUACAGUUCUGGAAGAAACAUAGAGGUGGCUAUGUCAAUAUUGUCACGAAUUUCUAUGUCCAAGGUGCACCUGAGCUUGCUUCUGGUGGUAUCCUAGCGGAUGAUAUGGGCUUGGGCAAGACCAUUCAGGUCCUCUCACUCAUUAUGUCUGACCUGAAGAAGAACGGUCACCCGACACUUAUUGUUGCGCCGUUGUCGGUCAUGAGCAACUGGAAGAACCAAGCAGAACUACAUAUCAAGAAAAAGUAUACUCCGAAUGUCUUGAUAUACCAUGGUCAAGCAAAUCGUGGUCUCACGCCGGACCAGCUGAAAGAAUACGACAUCGUCGUUACAACAUACCAAACAAUGACCCUGGAACUGUUCGCGAACAACAAGGACAAACCAAGCGCUCUACCAACAUCAAAAGGUCUAUUCUCGAUCAAGUGGCGACGCGUUGUUCUCGACGAGGGACACAACAUUCGGAAUCCAAGAGCAAAGAUGUCUCGUGCUGCACAUUCCCUGGCCGCAGACUCGAGGUGGGUGCUCACAGGCACACCUAUCGUGAACAACCUCAAAGACUUGUACUCUCACGUCAAGUUCUUACGCCUUACUGGUGGCCUCUCCGAGUUCGAAAUCUUCAACGCAAACAUCAUCAGACCAGUCAAAAGCCAAGAUCCUGCUGGUCAGACACUACUUCGAGCGCUGAUGCAGACAUUUUGUCUGCGUCGAAUGAAGGACAUGAAAUUCGUCGACCUCAAGUUGCCCGAACUCUCCUUCCACAAAUACCCUGUGAAGUUCCUUCCUCACGAGCAGGAAAGAUACGAUGCAUUCAAGGCUGAAGCCAAAGGUCUUGUUGAGGCUGCCAAAGCCGAGAAGGGUGACAACACAAUGACGCAUCUGCUCGAAGUUCUGCUCCGAUUGAGGCAGACGUGCAAUCACUGGAAGAUGUGUGGCGAAGAGCGUGUCUCGAAACUGCUCUCAUUGAUUGAGCAGAACGAGGGAAAGAUUAUCGACAUCAUCGAUCCUGCUAAUAAAAAAGCCCUACAAGACCUCCUACAACUCAAGCUCGAUAGUCAAGAGGACUGUCCAAUCUGUAUGCAAUCACUAAAUGACCCUGAUCGCGACCCAGUCAUCACAGCCUGCGCUCACGCUUUCUGCAAAGACUGCAUCGAACGCACUAUCCAGACACAGCACAAAUGUCCAAUGUGUCGAGCCAAUCUGACCAGCACAGACAUGCUCGUCUACCCUGCAGCUGGCUUCGGCGAAGGCGUAGCUGAACAAAAUCUCGACAUCGACCCCAACGAAAGCAGCAGCAAGAUCGAAGCCAUCGUCAAGCUCGUACUCGCCUCAACAAAGGACGACCCAGAGACCAAAACCGUAAUCUUCAGCCAAUGGACCAGCUUCCUCGACAUCCUCGAACCACAUCUUAAGAAAAACGGCGCCAAAUUCUCCCGUCUUGACGGAAAGCUAUCCCCUCUCAAGCGCGACCUAGCCAUCGAAACACUAUUCACGGACCCAAAUACUCGCAUCCUACUCGCAUCCCUCUCAGCCUGCAGCGUCGGUAUAAACCUCACAGCAGCCAGUCAAGUCGUCCUAGCGGAUUCCUGGUGGGCACCAGCCGUCGAAGAUCAAGCAGUCGAUCGCGUGUAUAGACUUGGGCAGAAGAAGGACUGUCGUGUUGUCAGAUUUGUGAUGGAGGGGAGUGUUGAGGAGGAGGUUCUGGAGGUGCAGAAGAAUAAGAGAAAGCUCGUUAGUGCUGCGUUCGGUGAGGCGCAGGCGAGGAGGAUGAGGGGUCCGAAUGCUAGGCGGGAGAGGCUGGGUGAGAUUGAGAGAUUGUUGCGAUGA